GAUAACAUAAAAGCCCACAUGAAAAUUGCUCCAUUCUCAACCAGAAAAAGAUCCCUACUUUGAACACUUCUCACUCAGAAAUCAUUCAUUUCAUCCAUCAACCAUGGCUUCCUCAAUUGCAGCAACCCCUGCUCUCACUUUAUCUUCAGCUUUAUCCCAAGAAUUCAACUCUAUCAUCCCUUCUUCUGUUUCUUCUUCCACCAAGCCUUAUCCACUCUGUUUUAAUCCCGCCAAGAGCAUUUCCCUUUUCCCGUUAGUGCUUCAGUCCAGAGGAAGAAGACCCUCAUUCGGCCAUUGGGUUUCAAAUGAUGGGUCCUUGUCAAAAUCUUCUUCUACGGUGGUGGCGGCAGUGGCUGAGGUCACCGAGGAGGUGGAGCAAGAGGGUGGGGAAGACGAUGCCGGUGGCGGUGUGGCCGUCGCCGCCCCUACUACCAAGCCUAAGAAAGGAAAAGCUGCUCUUCCUCUAAAAAGAGAUAGAACUAGGUCCAAGAGAUUCUUGGACAUACAGCAACUGAGAGAAAUCAAGAAAGAAUACGAUUUGGCAACAGCAAUAUCACUACUCAAGCAAACAUCGAAGACCAAAUUUGUAGAAACUGCUGAAGCACAUUUCCGUCUGAAUAUUGACCCAAAAUAUAAUGAUCAACAGCUCAGAGCUACUGUGAAUUUACCCAAGGGAACUGGGCAAACAGUUAAAGUCGCGGUUCUUACUCAAGGUGAAAAGUUCGAUGAAGCGAAAAGUGCAGGUGCUGACAUUGUUGGUGGAGAGGACUUGAUAGAACAGAUUAAAGGAGGAUAUAUGGAUUUUGACAAGUUGAUCGCAACACCGGAUAUGAUGCCUAAGGUUGCUAGUCUUGGAAGAAUUUUGGGACCUCGAGGACUAAUGCCAAAUCCAAAAGCCGGAACUGUGACCACAAAUAUACCACAGGCGAUUGGGGAAUUCAAGAAGGGAAAAGUUGAAUACCGAGCAGAUAAAACUGGGAUUGUUCACUUACCUUUUGGAAAAGUAAAUUUUUCAGAGGAAGAUCUAAUUGAGAACUUCCUUGCUGCUGUGAAAUCAGUGGAAGCAAACAAACCAUCUGGUGCCAAAGGUGUCUACUGGAAAAGUGCUCAUAUAUGUUCAUCCAUGGGACCUUCUAUCCGGUUAAACAUAAGGGAAAUGCUAGACUACAAGCCUCCGUCCAAGGUAUAAGGAACACACCAGAACCUGUAAAUUGUAUCUUCUAACAUCUAUCAGCUGUUCGGGAGCUUUGCUAAGAGAUUCAGUUUCAUAGAUGAAGAUAGGAUAUAAAGGUAGCAUGAAGAGCAAAGUUUUCGAUGAGCCCUUGAAUUUUGUCUUUUGUUCAAGAAGCUGAUAUGCUCGUCUUGACUAUGAAUCAAUCUUGUAAUAUUCCUUGUGUAAUACCAUCAUCAAUUGCAGUAUUGUCUAAGCCGUUAGCUUUUUCCGAAACAGGUGAUUUAGAUUCCCUUGUUUAUCUGAUGAGUGAAUUGAUGUGUGAAGAAUUCAUAUGCUUAUUCUCCAAUCUGAAAAUUAGUUCAAGUUUCCCAUUUCGAAUGGUUGGUCUACACAAC